AUUAUCGCAGUUCACGGUAUUGAAACCACCUCUCCAAAAACGUGGACCGCAUAUGAGCGGGACACAGAACCAAAGGGCCGUUCCUUCUACUGGCUGAAGGAUGCCGACAUGUUACCUUCAGUCAUUAAGAGGGCUCGAAUUUGGGUCUUUGACUACAACUCAAACUAUUCGCAUAAUGCGCAGACAGUGCGGAUUGAUGGUCUUGCCGCGACCUUGUUAAAUUGUAUCAAGGACAGGCACGAUGAUUUUGAGUCGAGAAAAUUUGUCUUUAUUGGAUCAUGCUUUGGUGGUAUUGUGGUUGCUGAGGUAAUAAUAUCCAGACGCGGGCUGCCAAAUCAAUUCUAA